UGCCGCUGCCGCGCUGCCGGGCCCGCCCCUCCCGCGCAGGCGCAGUUGCCGCCAUGGCGCCGCUCCGAGUCCAUGUCCUUUACUGCGGGGCCUGAGGCUACAAACCCAAGUUUGAGAAGCUCAAGCAGCAGCUGGAGCGGCGCUUCCCGGGAGCCCUGGACGUGAGCGGCCAGGGCACUCCGGAGGUGACAGGAUGGUUUGAGGUGACAGUGGGGGGACGCCUGGUCCACUCCAAAAAGAACGGCGAUGGAUUCGUGGACAGCGACUCCAAACUCCGCAGAAUCGUGGCCGCCAUUGAGUCCUGCCUGGCGUAGGCCCCACUAGGGGGGCACCGUCGCGACGUGUGUCGCGAUAUAUCGCGAGAUAUCGUCGGAUAUCGCGGCAUAUCGGGACGUGUCGUGACAGUGCUGACGCCCCCCCAGCCCCCCCGGGACACCCCCCCGCGCUCCAUGACGGGAAUCGCCAAAACGCCCCCCGGCACCGGGCGCUUCCCAGAUCCCGCGCGGGGCGGUGGGACGGGGGGCUGGGGGUUCAGCUCCCCCCCGAAAUCCCUCAAAUCCCACCCAAAAUUCUUUAUUUCAUCCCAAUUCCUUCUAUCCCACCCUAAAUCCUUCAGAUCCACUCAAAAUCCUUCAUAUUCCACCCCAAACCCUUCACGUCCCAUCCAAAAUUCCUUCAUUCCGCCUCAAAUCCUUCCUAUCCCACCCUAAAUCCCUCAAAUCCCACCAGAAUUCCCUCAUUCCAUCCCAAAUGCUGCAAAUUCUACCCAAAAUCCUUCAUGUUCCACCCUAAAUCCCUCAAAUCCCACCCAAAAUUCCUUCAUUUCAUCCCAAAUCCUUCAUAUUCCACCAUAAAAUCCCUCAAAUCCACCCAAAAUUCCCUUCUAUCCCCACCCGAAAUCCUUCAGUUCCCACCCCAAAUUCCUCCUAUCCCACCCUAAAUUCUUCAUUCCACCCCAAAUCCUUCAUAUCCCAUCCCCAAAUGUAUCAAUCCCACCCCAAAAACUUUCUUUGUCCCCAAUCCUUCUCCCGCAUCCCCAAAUCCUUCUCUUACCCCCUAAAAUCCUUCCCCUCACUCCAGAUCCUCCUCUUCCUCAGUAACUGCCUUCAUCGAUGCCAUUUUCAGCCAGAUGCAGCUUUUUCAGGGAUUUUUCUCCCACAGAACACUCCCUGAGAGGCUGAAAAAUUGGGAAAAAACUCCUUAAAGCUCUGAAAAUAUCCAGUAAUUUUAUUAUUCCCUCAUUUAUUGCUCUCCACCCCCCAUUCCAGUUGCCUUCCGUGACUCGGUGGCCUUUUGGAAAUAAAACAUUGGAAAUUUGA